GCUUCCCCUGCGUCUUCUUCCACCUCCUCCUCCUCUUCGUCCUCAUCCUUGCCCCGUUCCCUCCCGCGCCUUUCCGACGCCCGCCCCCAGCGCGCGGCUCCUCUCACCUCGUGCCACCGCUGCUACGGCAGCAGCUGCCGCUGCGGGAACAAAGGAGAGAAGCGGCGGCGGUGCCGCCAGCCCCGCGCCCCCUGCCGCCGCGGCCUCUGCUCGCCCCGCAGCAGCCCGCAGUCACCCGCGGCGCCUUCUCCGACACCCGCCGCGGGGUUUCUGACCCCCGUCAGUAACAGCAUCGAGAUGACUCAAGAGACAAACCAGACCCCAGGUCCCAUGCUGUGUAGUACAGGAUGUGGAUUUUAUGGAAAUCCUAGGACAAAUGGAAUGUGUUCUGUUUGCUACAAAGAGCAUCUUCAGCGACAGCAGAAUAGUGACAGAAUCAGUCCAAUGGGAACAGCCAGUGGUUCAAACAGUCCUACCUCAGACUCUGCAUCUGUACAGAGAGCAGACAGUAGCUUAAACAACUGUGAAGGUGCUGCUGGCAGCACAUCUGAAAAAUCAAGAAAUGUGCCUGUCACCGCUUUGCCUGUAACACAGCAAAUGACAGAAAUGAGCAUUUCAAGAGAAGAAAAAGUAACGCCAAAACCAGAGACUGAGCCAGUUGUUACUCAACCAAGCCCAUCAGUUUCCCAGCCUAGUACUUCACAGAGUGAAGAGAGAGCUCCUGAACUGCCCAAACCAAAGAAGAACAGAUGUUUCAUGUGCAGAAAAAAAGUUGGCCUUACAGGAUUUGACUGCCGAUGUGGAAACUUAUUUUGUGGACUUCACCGUUAUUCUGACAAGCAUAACUGCCCUUAUGAUUACAAAGCAGAAGCUGCAGCAAAAAUCAGGAAAGAGAAUCCAGUUGUGGUGGCUGAAAAAAUUCAGAGAAUAUAAACUGUCUGGAUUGUGAAAAGACUGACUGACUUGGACUUGUUUUCUCUUUCAUAUAUCCUAAGAAAACAGGAAAGAGCAGGUGCAUGGCCAUUUUCCUUUGUUCUCCAAAGUUUUACAUUUAGUCUUGUCUGUCUUAACGAUAUUUCAGAAUGUUUGGGUGUUUGUUAGAGGCAGAAUUGGAUAGAUACAGCCCUUGAAAACAUAUGUGCUCUUCCGUGAAUGUAAUUGGAUGAUCAAAAACCUGCAGGAAUACAGAUGCACAGAGGACAGACUCUCUAGUUGACGCAUGCCAAACAGAUGUGUGCUGUCUGUGUUUGCAACAGAUGUGCCUUUUGAGAUGCGUUUGAGCUAUAGAAUUUUUGACUACUGUUAUCACCUGGUUUGGAGAAUAAGUCAGAAAACUUGGCAGUCUACUUCUAUCAUUUAAAGUAUCAUUCUAAUUUUAGUGUCCACACCCCACUGUUUUUUCAGCAGAAUGUAAUCUGGUCUACAGUUCCAGUAAGGUGAGUGUUAGUGCCAUAUCUGGGAAAGUUAUUUGUCAAUUGCAAUGGGAAAGGAAACUGUUUUGAAAGGAUUACAUGAACUUCAGAAUCAUGAAGAUAGGUUCCCAAAGGAAGUGGCUUGCUAGGAACUUACGAAUUGGCCUGCAACAAGAGUUGUCUGCUUUUUCUUGCGUAGCUAAAAAUGUUAUGUAGCACAGUAUUGUAAAAUUGGCUUACAAAAAAGUUACAUACAGUUUUUAGGCAUACCACAUCAGCUCAAUCAAGCAACAUGUCUAAAUUCCUCAAGUGUUAGAGCAGUUAUUAUUCUCAGAAUAAGUUCUAUAUGAUCUUGAGUUCAAAAUAAUAGUUUUAGUUUUAAAUGUAACAGUUGCACCAUUCUGCGUGGAAAAGCAUACCCAACGUGACUGCUGUAGACUUUAGUGGUAGCUGGAACCACUCUUGGAGGACUGUUUUGCCAUUUUUAAUUGUACUUGGGUGUAGGACUAUAGUGUUCUUGGGUGUAUUGCAUGGGCUGCAUUAUCUACAGCAUUGUACAAUAACAACUCUAGAACUAAAGGCAGUAUACUUCACUGGCGCUUGUCUGGUAAUAUCACUUCUGUGUUAUAAUGGAAGGGGGUUUUGUGGUGUACGAAACUUGCGGUUUUUUAUAUAAACAAGUACAGUUUAGACUAGUGUUGUGGUAGUGCCUGUUCUCAUCUGUAAAUAAUUACUAUGUACACAAGGCGCUACUCCUGACCUGAUUUUUGUUGCGAUGUUCAGUCUUAGUUUUCACUUCACUAUUAAAAGCAUCAGGUUUUUUGCUUCUGACUUUGUUCUUCUGAGUUACUAGAUAAGCAGACAUGUACAGAUAGUUCAUAUUUAUGUAUUGCACAUAAUAUGCUACCCAGCAUCUAUGCUAUAUUGUAUUAUGUAAAUAAUAAAAAUAAUGUACAGAAGGAAAUACUUCCUUUUGUCAUAGUUCAUUGAUUUUAGUUAUUGCUUUAAUCAGAAAGGGAUCUUAAAGAGGUAGAAGUACAAAGUUAGCAUAUAAGAUCUUUUAGAUGUCAUUUUUAUGCUUAAACCUGCCUUUGUCAUUGUUUCUUGUUUGGAUAUACCUACUUCUUUUAAGAUAACUUGCGUGAACAACUGAAAUGCAGAUUGCUAUUUGAUGGCCUGAGAAAAAUUCCAACAAACAGCAGUGUGCAUAAAGGGACUGAAGGAAUGCAUUUUCGGUGAACUUGAAAGGCUUUUUCUUUUGUCCGCAAAACUUAUGUCCUGUGGAUCUGUUACAAUCAAGUGUAACUGAGCCAAAACACAGACUACACUAUUCUGUUCACAUCUUCACUGGCAGACCUGGGCAGAGUUACUCCCAGGGUCAGCAUCCAAAUAUAGAUAUUAAAUAUACUUGAUUUAUCCUUUCAAGUGAGAAGGACAGAUUACACAGCAUGUGUUGCCUUGGAGGAAGACAUCUUCACCGCUGGAUAAUGCAUAAUAAUUGCUUAUAUCAGAAAUGGAUAAUGUGCUUCCCACCAGUCAGCCAAUAUUCAUGUGAUCAGUUUCUACUGCAGCCACUGUAUUCUCCAAUAAGGGAACACAGGCAUGAUCUGGGACUUUGUUUUCCAAGAUGAAUGUUAUGUCUUAAUCAUAGAACUGCUUUA